CAGAGUAACAGUUUUCCUCUGUGCAACUGCACAAAGACCUCUAAAUUCUCCCCGUUUCAACCCCCAACCCCUCCUCUGCCCCCAGCCACCUGCUUUUGCCUGCAGCCCCUUCAGAGCCACCUGCUCAGGCUGGUUUCUCAGAAUAGGUGUGAGCGCUCUGCCCAUGACACUUUCCUGUACCCCCACUUAUGAGUGCAGGCUUUAUGUGGCUGCCCUUCCUCACGAGGUCUCUCCUGCCACGGCACCCUGCAGUCUUUGCUCCACCACUACCUCCCUUCCAUCACUGUUUUCAAGUUCUCCUUGCCACGCUGCUCAGCCUCUUGGUAGGGAUGAUUUUGCCCCAUUUUUCAUUCUUAUCCAAGGUAACUUGAGACCAGAGGAACCUCAUGCAGAAUCACAUAUGACUUAGAUGCAGUGAUACUGAUAGAAUGGGACAAUGAGGAAUGCUGGUGUGAAGAGAAGUUCUGGGAACAGGCAAAGUGAAGAGGCAGUAAACAGGAAAAUAGCCCUUUCUCCACUGAGGAAAUAAUUCAGCAAAAAGAAGAAUGUGAGGCAGUUGUGUGCUUCUGACAUUUAUUAAGUCUUUAAAAUCUUUGAUAAGAAAUACCUGUAUUGUGAAGAUCUCAGCUGUUUGCUGCUGACAAAAUGUGGCUGAACUUAAAUGUGUGUGUAGACAUAUACAUGUGCAUACACAGAUGGCCAAGGAAAGUACUUCUUAGUGAAUAAAAAUUGUUGGAAUAUACUUCAAAAAUAAAAAAGGAUGACCCACCCUGUAUAUGAUCCUCAAACUGAAAUAAUCAUGCAGCAUUUCUCCCACAGCACUUCAAAAUUAUAAACAACAAAUAUAGAGUCAAAUUCUAUCCUUCAUCCCUAUGAUGGGCGACUUAUUCCAGACUGUGUUUUAAUAGUCUUUCAUACACCCAUGUGUCAGAUUAAAUAGUAGAAAUGCCAACUGGAUGACAAUGUAGUAUCAUUUCUGGAAGUAUUGGCUUUUAAUAUUAAUCUUCAACGGGAUGCUUUACUGCAGGCAUGUGCAUACAUUAGAUAACCCUGGCAUACAGAGAGUAUUUUAAGACCUACAUAAUUUUGAAACACCCUUUAAUAUUUAGUGAUAGUCAUGAUACAUUCCAUGCACAUAAGAUCAGAAGCAGACCUUCCAGGCUAGUUUUACUUCUCAGGAUGGAUGCCAAAUUGGGACCCCACAGCAUUUUGGUUUUCUAUAGGACAGUUAAAAUGGCACCACAAGCUGUUCUCUGACAUCUGAGCCUGGUCUUGGGCAGUCAGAUCACAAGGUGGAAGUGUCAAGAAGAAUAAUAAAUACAACUGUCUUCGCAUGUUUAUCUUUUAAUCUGAGAUUAAAUAUGAGAUAUCCAAAACAUAUGCUGCCGGCUAUUAUGGAUUCUGGGACAUUGAACUGUGAUGUCAGAAAAUUCAUUUUAGUUACUGAACUCCAGCAUCUGGUGCUGCCUGCACUGUCCAGAAUCAACCUGUUAAAUCAUAGACAACUUUAAUUUGUAAUUACUUCUCUCUCACUUUCUAUUUAUCCACCUAUGAUUAAAAAACAAACGCAUUCUUAAGCUUUAGAUUUAAGCAACAUCAUUUUAUAUCCACAAAAUAAAAGACUAACCCUCUGUAAUUCAUAGAUUUUGUAGCAAACAACAUGCUUACAGAUUUUCACAUUGAGUUAGCUGCUGCUUAGAAGGAGAAAGAGGUGCAUGUAAGAUUAGAUUCAAAGCAGUUCUGUGAAAUCUAUGUAGCCUCUUUAUGCAACAACCUGCUACACGGGGGAGAGGAAAAAAAUAAAUCCUGGCCUUGAUGUCAAAACAAUGUAAACUCCUUUUAGUAUGUUGACUUGUGGAACAAGUGAGGCAUGAAAACAAAAGUGCAGAGCCCUCAGUACUGACUGUGAAUAUUUUAUCUUACCAAGAGAAAGCAACAAGAGACCAAAUCCUUAAAGCAUAUGCUGUGCUGACAGUGCGCUCUCACUGUGACAGUAAUGGUAUUUGCAAUCCCGGCUGCACUCUAGCCUGUGCUGUAAAAGCACCCAUUCCUGAGAGUAUGUGUUGCCCUUCCCUGGCCCUUAGCCAGAUGAAGGAGCUCUUCUCUGUUACUCAUGUUGCCCUGUAGAAACGAAUGUUUAAACUAUUAUUUCUCUACCCCGAAGUGAAAUUGUAGAGAUUUUGGCAUCAUUAGCUCUUCUGAAAUUUUCACGGUGCUGAAAAACUAUAUUUGGAUGACUGUUGCUUUUUGCACACAAAGUAACCAUUCUCUGACUCUUUACAAAUAUCUAAGUGUUGUUCUGAAAUUCAGGGACUGAAUCCUCAUAGAAAUGUUGAAGCAAAAAUACCACUGUUACUGCAGUGUUUUUGUUGGAGAGUGGUUGGUAAGAAUGUUUAGAGGGUGAUUCAGGGCUGUGACUGAAAGUAUUCACCAGUCUCUGUCAGAGAUCAUUUUGACUAAGUCUAAUGAGGUAAGUUGGUGAGCUGAUUAAGGAUAAAAGAAGUUGCUCCUCUGGGAAUGUGUUUGAAUGUGAGUGCUCUCCAGUUUUUCCUAGCACCCUUUUGUUUGUUCUUCUCUCCCAGCUGAGGCAUGAGAUUCAGAGGGAAUUGUUGCUUAUAAAUUAUGAAUUUACUGCCUCACAAUUACCAUUCUGUCAUCAAAAAUAUCAAUUUUUCCUUCACUAGUCAGUUCUUUCUCAGUUUCUCCAUCCUCUGCUUAAAAUUGUUCCCCAUCACUACAUCAUACUCAGCCCAGGUCUUUGUGUGGAGACCCAGUCAUCCUACACAGACUUCUUAUUUCCUACUUCAUAUUUGAGCAAUUCAGGAAAUUUUGGGUGAUUCACAAAUGUGAUUACACGGUAGCAUUUCAAGACAUCCCAGUAUUGCUUUAGAGAGACAGCUUGGAAGAAUGCAUGUGAUGGGCUUUAGAGAAAGUAAGGAAGCAAUGUGGAUUGUGGUGUGGUAAAGCAGGGAUAAGCAAGAGGCACAAAUUAAAUCCUGGAAUCAUACAUAAUUCCUUCUAAAUGUGUCCAGUUGUGUUCUGCACUAUCCAGAAGUAAGAGCAGCAACCGAGUCACUUCCAGCUUGGCUUCAUUCUGAGUUUGAUCUCCUGUUUCAGAGCUGCUGACAGGCUGCUUGGAACCCUGUCCACAACUGCAGCCAAGCCCAUAGCAGAGCUUCCAGCAGUUACAGGCUUCCAGGCAAGCUCUGGUUUCAGCUCAGACCCAGCAUGCCCUCAGCUCCCACAUAUUCAUUGCUGUUGCUAGGCUUGCUGAAGUUAGGUUGGGAAUUACCCAUGUUUUUGCCAUGACAUUUCUGACUGUACUGUAAGUAUCCAUUUUAUCCUCACCCUAUAGGCUUUUUGCAAUAGGAACAUAAUGUAGAUGGUCCAAAAUAAUAAAAAAAACAUUUGCAACUAAGUUUUUUAAUUAGGUUGCUAAACUGUAAAUUGCCAUUUAUGCACAUGAUAAGAUUUCUCUUCUAGUAUGCAUUGAUGUCCAGGAUAUAGCUUGAACCUCUAGAAAUUUCUAAAAAUUAUGAUACACUGGUUUUGUUUCCAUUCAACCACUAACUAAGAAAUUACACUCUACUCUACACUCUAGAAGUAACAGCAUGGCUUCUGACUUGAUUGUAGUGUAAGUUCUUUCCUCAAGCAGCUAUCAAGCAAAGAUAGUCCUAAAAUAAUGGGGGAAGAAGGAAUGCCAUAGAGAAGAGUUUCUCGGGAGGGAGAGGAUAGGAUUGUUAUAAUUUAAGGGUGCCCCACUUCUCUUGUAAUUUUAAAAUUCUGUUUUACAGACAGACUUUCUGGUCAAGCUCCAGAUGCUUUUGUUUGAGUAGCCUCAACCUCCCUAUGGACUCAACAGAUGUACCACGAAAUGGCAUUGCUCACUGGGAAUGCAGAUCCUGACUUCAGCUCCCGCUCCUUCAACAACUUGGAAAACCUCUGUGAAGUGCAAACCAAGAAAGGAUUCUUCUACAAAAAGGCCAAACUUCUGCAUCCUGGAGAAGACUUGUGCUGCUUAGCCCGCUUGGAUGACCGGUCCAGGUUUGUGAUCAUCAACGUAGGUGGUAUUAAGUACAAAAUUCCCUGGACCACCUUGGAGAACUGCCCCUUGACCAGGCUUGGGAAGCUAAAAUCCUGCAAUAAUUAUGAUGAGAUCAUGGACAUCUGCGAUGAUUAUGAUGUUAGCUGCAAUGAAUUUUUUUUUGACCGUAAUCCUAGUGCCUUCAGAACAAUCAUGACAUUCCUGACAGCUGGGAAGCUGAGGCUUCUCAGGGAGAUGUGUGCUCUUUCGUUCCAGGAGGAGCUUGUGUACUGGGGGAUAGAAGAGGACCACCUGGAGUGGUGCUGUAAAAAGAGACUGCGACAGAAAGAGGAAGAGGCAGCUGAGGCCAGGCUGUUUGAGAGGGAGAUGGUGUUUAAUGAAGCUACGCAAAGUGCCUUCCAGGACAGCAGCCGACUGAGUCUGUGCAUGCGAAAGCUCAGGGAUAUGGUGGAGAACCCCCACUCAGGGAUCCCAGGAAAGAUCUUUGCUUGUAUUUCAAUCUCUUUUGUUGCCAUCACUGCUGUCAGCCUCUGCAUCAGCACCAUGCCCGAUGUCAGAGAAGAGGAGGAUCGGGGUGAAUGCUCACGGAAGUGCUAUGACAUCUUUGUGCUGGAGACGGUGUGUGUGGCGUGGUUUUCCUUUGAGUUCCUGCUGCGAUCCAUCCAGGCAGAAAACAAGUGUGCUUUCCUGAAAACCCCGCUCAACAUCAUCGACAUCCUGGCCAUUCUGCCUUUCUACAUCUCUCUCAUCGUGGAUGUGGUUUCCACAAAGAACAGCAGCAAGCCCGGCGGGGGAGCCGGGAACAAGUACCUGGAGCGCGUGGGGCUGGUGCUGCGCUUCCUGCGGGCGCUGCGCAUCCUGUACGUGAUGCGGCUGGCGCGGCACUCGCUGGGGCUGCAGACGCUGGGGCUCACCGUGCGCCGCUGCACCCGCGAGUUCGGGCUGCUCCUGCUCUUCCUCUGCGUCGCCAUGGCCCUCUUCUCGCCGCUGGUCUACCUGGCUGAGAGCGAACUGGGAGCCAAGCAAGAGUUCACCAGCGUCCCCAGCAGCUACUGGUGGGCCGUGAUCUCCAUGACAACGGUUGGCUACGGGGACAUGGUGCCUCGUAGCAUCCCCGGACAGGUGGUAGCCCUGAGCAGCAUCUUGAGUGGGAUUUUGCUGAUGGCUUUCCCAGUCACAUCCAUCUUUCAUACCUUUUCCCGUUCCUACAGCGAGCUGAAGGAGCAGCAGCAGCGAGUAGCCAGCAGGCAGGUGCGCCAGCGGCAAGAGAACACCGAGCUCCUGGGUGGUGACAGUACAGGGGGGCUCAGUGCCACAUUCCCGCCAAGCGCUGGUAAGCAGGGUCUGACCUUGGUGCACCAGUAAGCCUAGAGAAGCUCUUGACCCUGAACAGCUCAGGACAUACGUUGGCAGCCCAAGAAGCAGUGGACAAGGGAGGUCAGUUCUGCAGGAAGAAUGCCAUGAACUGCAUAAAUGAGGGGCAGACAAACACAAGGUUUCUCUAAAGACCAACUUCUGAUCUUAAGGGACCUCUGAAAAGUACCCCUACAAAUUCUACCAAGUACAGCUCUGCUCCAUUGCUUUUCUUAGGGCUUUUCUAUUGAGCAAGUAUUUUUGGGUAUGCCCAAGGAGCAGCCAUUGAACAUAGCCAGCCAGCAGAAUGUAGUGUGAAGCACAGCCCAUGCCAGGUGCCAUGUGUCACAGCAACCAGCAUGCCACCUCCUCUGGGCCCUGCUCAGUGGCAGGGCUGAGCAAGGGGCUCCCUGUGCUGCGACGCCCCACAGCACGUUUGUUUUGGCAGCACCACCAAGGAACACAAACGUCAGACAAGCCAAGGGGCGAGGGCAAGAGAAGGGCAGAAGCAUUCCCUCAGCCUCACCAGGGGCUUGCUUUUGUCUUCUGCAGAUGAAGCAGCACAGCAAGAGUGCUGCCAGCUCUGAAUUGUGUGUGAGCACAGUUUGCAUUAUUUAGUAGAGAUGCAUAUUUACCAUCCUAAGCUUUAUAUCUUACUUAGUCCCAUGACAGAAAUAUACAUACAAAAAAUCUUCCUGACUACGGUACUGAAUGUUAACUUGGUUAUUUUUCCUUUGCUAACAGUCAAAUAUUAAAAAUACUAUGACAAAUGAUGACAUUUCUCCACUUUCUGUUAACUGUUUCCAUCUCUUGUGUAUUGAGAAAUGUGUUUAACAGGCAAUUGAACCAACCUGAACUACGUGUAGCUCAAGGGGAGGGUGAUGUUGGACCAGCAGCGACUCCCAGCUCUGCACAGUCGUCCUCAGUGGUGAUGGCUGCACGGAGUGCAGUUGUGUGCAGACAGGAGUAGGGGAGCAGGACAAACCCAGUGCAGCCAGCGAGACACCAUCAGUGGGCUCGGCCCAAGCUACAGUGCAGCAGCUGUGCUCUGCCUUAGGAGUAGCCUUUUGGUUUUGCCCUCCUACCGAGAAAAAGACAAUCCUGUCAUUAGAACAAGUGUUCUGGCUCUUCUUCCUGAUUCUCAAAGGAUUUAAGUCACUAUAAAGGGAAAUUAAUCAUAUGGUGGCAUCUGCAUAUUUGCUUAUUGAUGCCAGCCCCGUGCAUGAGCUUUCCCUAGAGGAGCUGUGUAGCUGUUCCAAGUCAGGAUGCUGUGUGGGUCUUUCAGUGCUCCUACAGGUGGGAUGCGGUCAGGGAAUGGAGGGAGAUGGAAGCCAACAGUCUCUUGUACCUACACCCCUAUUUGUACUAAAGCCAUGCAGUGUCACCCUCCAUAUUCUCCACCCACCAGGAAGGGAACAAAACCUGAUGUACUGAAGAUGGGAUUUGUCUGGUCUGUUAUUUGGUUUGUUAUUUUUUGCCUCAACAUAUGUUGUAAAACUAAUCCUACGUUACAAAACUCUCAUAUUAAGCCAUUCCUUAUAGGAAUGAAGCAAGGGAAAUGGAAAAGUUACGCUUUAUUUUAAUAAAAAUAUAAAGCUUUGUUGCUGA